UGCGAACCCAUUUAAACUAGAUAUUCAACGUUAAACAUUGAAAUAUUGACUCACCAAAGUACUCCUGGCUCAAGCAUGUCUAGCAUUCAACACUGUGAAAAUGUCGAAGCCCAACUCCCCGCAUACUUGCCGCCGGGAGUCCUGAGACCCAUCACCCCAGUGGCUACCUCGCGUUAUGGCAAGUCCUCCAGCCUCUAUUCUUAUCACACUGUCAUACCACCAGGGUCCUGCAGCGCUCCGAGUUCUCUUGACAGCAAUUCGAAUUGGGACUCGUAUCCGCAUCCUGAAGGCCAGCGGUACUUCCAUAAGAGGCUCACAAGCUACGAUGUCGUCACAGAAGCGAAUGUUUGCAGGCAAGAGACCGAGCACCGGGUGACUGGCUGCCUCAAGUAUAUCGAUGACACGAUCUUCCAGCAGCAAAUUACAGUCCCGCCAAAGUCCGAGCUCUUCAUUGAGCUUGAUUUGGAUGAAUCAAUAUUCUCCUGUGCCUACUACUUUGUCGAUCAUGAUACCCACCGUAUCUUCUGGCUUGAGCACAUAUCUACGGAAGCCCUUGAUAUAGGCACCAUAGUAUCUAGCUCCCAUCUCGAUACUGCUUUUGAAAGGCUGUAUUGGGUACAUGUUGAAUUCUUCCCGAUGCACAUGCACGCCCAGAUUUCACCCAAGGUGGUGGAUGAUCUGAUUGGCGUCAUGUCUCAUGGUGCAGCAGAUCGAUUGACCUCUCGGUCGUCCACCUUUCCCUACACUGCGGAAAGGUGUAGUCAGCUACUAGAGCUCCUUUCUCUCCAACGAGGUCGAGCCCUUGAUGGGCAUACAUUAUGUUUUGUCGCUCGCUUAUGGGGUGCAAUAGAAAACCAGCGCUUCAUGACGUAUUACGGGCAAGAAAAUGCCCAGUUAGACAGGUUGCAAAUAAUGACCCCAGAGGAAGACAUUGAUCACGAAUGGGUGCAAUCGCUCGCAAACCCGGCUCUGUGGGGAAUCCCCGGCCGCUACUUUUCUGAGCUCCACGAGUUGUUCGCAAACGAGCAAGUGUUCGUCGAUCAAUGGCAAAUAUUCAUGACCUCUUGUAUCACGGAAUGGAACACAGCCGUAGUUUGGACAUUCCCAGUAAUAAUUGCCACCAUCCUCUCUUGCCUUUUAUCUCGUGCUUCGAUGUCAUCUGCCCUGCCAGCGAUUCUUUCAGCGUCUGGAAGCCUCGCCACCGGCUCGAUCCUGCUCCUAAAGCACCACGGCCUAGAGGACGCCACUGCAUCUUUUGCCGCACGCUAUCUAAGAGCCGCAAAAUCACACUCAAUUGGAAUGCUCCCCUCAGCCAUUGUAUUCAGUCUUCCAAAAGGCCUCUAUCUAUGGAGUAUCGUCUUCAUGGUGGCCCACUUUCUUCUCCUCGCCUCGCACGUGGUCGGCGGAUUCGCCAUGUUUGCGGGCGCAUGCUUUUUGGUGUUGCUUGUUUGGGCAGCUUUAUAUGUCACCUCUCCAGAUGAGUACGACCAAAGCUCUUUACUCAGUAAAAUACUCUGUCGCUGGCAUUCAAUUCAAGGAGAUCCUCGAGAGGAUGGGUCCUCCGUAUGACGGUGGCACCUGUCCCUCCCCUGCCCUAGUAGUAGGAAGGGGUUCGAGAGGUGUGCUGGCGCCAGCACAAACACUUGUAUUUUAUAUAAUGUACAUGUGCCGCACGCGCGCCCUUGGAAUAUAAGA